GCGCUUUACCCAUCAUGCAGCUGGGCAUUGAUAAGAUGAGGCAAGAUGGCGACUAAAACAAGCAAAGAGGGUCCCCCUCCUUUCGAUUGUCCAUCAUGGGCAGGCAAACCACCCGCAGGGCUUCAUCUAGACGUGAUGAAGGGAGACAAACUGAUAGAGAAACUAAUCAUAGAUGAAAAGAAGUACUACCUGUUUGGGAGAAACCCAGACUGGUGUGACUUCACCAUCGACCAUCAGUCAUGUUCACGAGUCCACGCAGCCCUGGUCUACCACAAACACCUGAAGAGGGUCUUCCUUAUAGACCUCAACAGCACACAUGGUACUUUUCUUGGGCACAUUCGACUGGAGGCACACAAGCCUCAGCAGAUUCCCAUAGACUCUACAAUAUCUUUUGGGGCUUCCACACGGACAUACACCAUCAGAGAGAAACCCCAAACCCAAGGCACAGCUGGCACUGGAGACAGUAAGACAGGAGACGAUGAAGAGCUGAAAGGACUGCUUGGGCUUCCAGAAGAAGAGACAGAGCUGGAGAAUCUGACAGAGUUCAACACAGCCCACAACAAGCGUAUCUCUCUACUGACCAUCGAGGAGGGUAACCUUGAAAUUCAGAGGCCUAAGAGGAAACGGAGGAACUCCAGAGUUACCUUCAAUGAAGAGGACUCCAUCAUUAACCCAGAGGACAUUGACCCCUCAGUGGGGCGCUUUAGAAAUAUGGUGCAGACAGCUGUCAUCCCAAUAAAGAAACGCAGAUCAGAGGGCCAAAACAGUCUCGGUCUUGACGACCUCAGUUCAAAACGUAUCCAUGGCUACAGCUUGGGCGGUGGUCUCUAUGGGGACUUGCCUCCAACCAGUCAUGAGAACCAGCCUACAGGAGCCCCAGGAGGUGCUGCCAUGCAAGGAGGGCUCCCUCUGCCUUUCCCCAAUCCAGCACCAGAGGUGGACCUGGCCCCAGAGGCCCCCCAGCCCCCUGUCACUCUCAACCCCACUCCUGUCACAGCCCCUUACCUACCAGAGACCUACAACGAGCCUCGCAAAAAGAAGUAUGCCAAAGAGGCCUGGCCUGGAAAGAAACCCACCCCUUCACUACUCAUCUAACUGGUUUGUUGGAGCUGCGGACUCUCAGGUUACCAGCAGACGCAUCAGGGACUGUGACCUGGCAAAGCGGAGUCAUACACUUCUUUUUUUUUUUUGUCUGUUUGUUGUUUCACUCAUCGUCACAGAAAGGCACCAUUUCAUCUCCCUGUGGUCUGUUACACUAAGUCAGCCGUUUAUAAUUGGACAGAAUACCGGAGAAUCUUGUUGACAAAACAAGUUUGAACAUUUUCUAGACUUGUUGUCAGCUUUGAUAUCAGUUAGUGACAGGCUACUUGGAUAUGAGGAGCCAUGGAGUUGUGUUUUUGAUGUGUUGGGUGUAAAAUUGUAUUUUUUUUAUGUACUUAACACGUUUCAACUGUUCUUUUUUGUCACUCCAGUAUUUUGAUAAUGCUGUCAAACAUAUAACAGAAAAGUACUUUUUUAUAAGAGAUUUUACUGUAAGAAGUCAGGAAAGUCUGAGACAUGAAGUGAGUUUCUAUAAAAUACAGGGCUGCUUUUCAUUUUCCAAACUUAUUGAUAUAAUGUGAUGAAGUGUUUAACUCACUGAAACAUUUACAUAGAUAUUUAAAGCCAAUAUGACAUUAACCAAAGUGUCUUUCAUUUGUUUUAAAAGCCACUAGAUGGUGACUUGUGCACAGAGUUUGACUGCAGACUUGCAUUGUUUAUGACCUGUUGAACGAAUCUUAGCAUUGUUCAAAAGAUAGGCUAACUGUGUUGUGCUCUAUGAAAUAGUCUCACAAGCUUAAUAUUGUUAAUUUGGAAUCUCCUGCCUAUAAAAAGCCAUUUACCCUGCCCAGACUAUAUAAUGAUCGUAUUCUUCCUUUGGCUUUUUACAGUUUGUUGAGUUUUAAAUGUUUUUUUGCUGUUUCCCAGCACUGUAAAUACAGGGAUCUUAAAAUUUUCUAUGUUGGCAACUGAUUGAACAUUCAACAAUACCAGUUAUGCAGAACUGAAUAAUAGCACAUAAACAAAUACAAUUUUUUUCUGCAAAAAUAAAGAGCUAGUUGAA